UUGGCUUGAAGUUGGAUCGAAGAUGGCGUUUAGAUUAUGCGGAACACGCACUCUCCCCACCGCCAUUUCCCUCCGCUUCCUCCCUCUCUCCUCCCUCUGUUUCCUCUCCUCUCCUUCCCUCAACCUCCCCAAACUCCAACCCUCGGAGGAAGCUGAUUCCCUCUCCCAACUCCUCCUCGCCCACCACAACCCUUUCCACUCCAUGGAAUCCUCCAUCCAACUCCACGGCAUCUCCCUCUCCCCUUUCCUUCUCGACCAGAUUCUCCUCCGCCUUCAACACUCUUCCAAGAUUGCCCUCUCCUUCUUUCUCUAUUCCAAAUCCCUCCCUCCUUCCCCAUCUUCCCUCCUCUCCACCACCUCCUACAACCUCAUCAUCGACGUUCUCGCGAAAGUCCGCCAAUUCGACGUCGUUUGGCAGCUCAUUCUCGAAAUGGACCAAACAAACAUCCCCCCCGAUUCCUCCACUUUCAUGAUCUUGAUCCGCCGCUUGAUCGCCGCCGGCCUUACCCGUCAAGCAAUUCGCUCCUUCGAUGAUAUGGGAUGUUUUGUUACUGCUGACAAUGAAACUGAUACUGACAGUUCUUGUCAAAACAGUUCGUUUUGCUUUUGUUUCUUGCUCGACACACUCUGCAAAUACGGCUACGUGAAGGUGGCUGUUGAGAUUUUUAACAAGAGGAAAUCUGGGUUUCGGGUUGAUUCAAAAAUGUAUACAAUCUUAAUAAGCGGGUGGUGCAAGAUUGGUAGAAUCGAUAUGGCAGAGAGGUUUUUAAAGGAGAUGAUAGAAAAAGGAAUGGAACCCAAUGUUGUCACUUACAACGUGAUGUUAAACGGGAUAUGUAGAAGAGUCAGUUUGCAUCCCGAUGACAGGUUUGACAGAGCAAUAAGGAAUGCCGAAAAGUUGUUCGACGAAAUGCGCCAACGAGGGAUUGAGCCUGAUGUAACCAGCUUUUCAAUCGUUCUACAUGUAUACAGCAGGGCUCAUAAGCCUGAGUUAACACUUGAUAAGUUGAAAAUAAUGAAGGAGAAAGGUAUUUGCCCGAGUGUGGCUACAUAUACUUCAGUUAUCAAGUGUCUUUGCUCAUGUGGGAGGCUCGAGGAGGCAGAGAAGUUGCUCGGUGAGAUGGUGAGUAAUGGGGUUUCUCCUUCAGCUGCAACCUAUAACUGUUUCUUUAAGGAGUAUAGAGGGAGGAAGGAUGUGAAUGGUGCUUUGAAUUUGUAUAGGAAGAUGAAGGAGGAUAGACUAUGUGAGUUGAGUUUGCAUACAUACAACAUCUUGCUGGGUAUGUGCAUGAAGUUGGAUCGAAUCGAGCUGGCAGAGGAAAUCUGGAAUGAUCUUAAAGGGAGUACAGCAGGGCCUGAUUUGGAUUCUUACACAUUGUUGAUUAAUGGGUUAUGUGGGAAGCAGAAAUGGAGAGAGGCAUGCCAGCUUUUUGUGGAGAUGAUAGAGAAGGGUUUACUUCCUCAAAAAGUAACUUUUGAGAGACUAUAUAAGGGUUUGAUACAGUCUAAUAUGUUGAGGACUUGGAGAAGAUUGAAGAAGAAACUUGAUGAAGAGUCCUUAAUUUUUGGUUCUGAGUUUCAAGACUAUCAUUUGAAGCCGUAUAGGAGAUAGUUCACUGUUGUUUUCUUGUAUCCUACUUAACUGUGCAAUGUUCAUUGCUUUGCCAAAUUAUCAAACUCAGUAAGCUCACUUUUUUGAGAAUAGAUAGAUUGAUCCAUAACCUACUUGAAACUAAUCCCAUUCCUCAUGGCAACUUAUGUUGUAUCAUCUCAACUUGUUUUGCUGUCAUAUCUUUCAUCUCAUUAAGUUGAGAGCUUUUUUUUAUAUCUAUUAUCUGAUAUGCAAAACCAUUUCCAUA